AUGCUACAGUAUAUCAUUGACAAAGUUCUCCACAGUUCCAGUGGCAAUAAGGGUUUGGAGCACUGGCCAACAAUGCCUCAGCCUCAGCAAAAUUGGGAUCUGGAAAUUGGAAAUAGUUUGAUCAGGGAACAGCUGGAUUAUGAUGCAGAAGAGCAGACCUGUCUUGCCAAUGAACGAAUUCUAAAGCUAAAUGAAGAGCAGUGA